UCUCACCCUCGCAUCGCUUGGCUCGCUGCCUCGUCGCUUCCUCGCUGAGCGAGGGGCCUUCACUCUGUGUCUGAGAGGCAAAAGGGCCGAAGGCGGCGGAGACCCAUGGCGGCCGUCGCCACUCAACUCCUCUGCUCCUCCUCUUUCACUGCGGCACCCAGGAUGCCCUCGAUUCACAGAGGAGAUCUUUCUUCUUUCUCGCUCGGGAGUAGCAGCAAAAUUGGUCUCUUUCCACCCCCUCGUGAUCGAAGUGUCCGUCUCCUUCUGCCUCCUCCCAACGCCUUGGCCCCCGCCCGAGGAGCAGAGACGUUUGACCCGGAACUGAGAUUGGUGUUUGAACUCGCUACGGAUGCUGAACUAGUUGAGCUGGAACAUAUUCUAUUUGGUCCGAGCUUCUUUAGUCCCCUAUUAAAAUCUAUAACAAGAAAACAAGAAUUUAGUUUUACAAUGGCUGAUGAAUAUAUCGAAGAACGUGAAGAUUUUAUAGAGCACCUAGAGUCACGGUUCUUGUACCUUGCAGCAGAUGCACGCUCAACUUUAAGAGGUUGGAGACCUUCCUACAAGAAUAUCUUGCUUAAUGUGAAAAGAAAACUUGGAGUUCGUUGCUCAAGUAAAUUGUCAACAGAAGACCUUGAAGUAGAAAUUUUUCUCCAUUUACUAAGUGAAUACUCAAGUGAAGAGAUCGAUCCUGUUUCAUUUCCAUCACUUGACAGAAAAAAUGAAGCUUCUCUUGGAGCAUUAAAAGGUGGAGCAAAAGAGAUUCAAAAUGUUUUUGUGAAGGGAUGUGGAAUAUUAACUAUGGCAAGGAUAUUUCAGUUGUUGGCUAGGAAAUUUUCUGGUAAGCUGCUAUUGGAAGUUGCUAACUACGAGAUAAAGCAUGAAAUAGUUAAGAAGGGUGGACAAUUGGCAGCUAUCAAGCUGGAGGCAAAAACAGCUGAGCUAAUUGCAAGACAGGGUUUGGCUCGAGCUGCAACUAGAUAUGCUGGAAUUAGAAGUGCAAUGAUGCUCCUAGGACCAAUCAUGUGGGGGACAUUUCUGGCAGACGUUGCCAUCCAAAUGCUGGGUACCGAUUAUGCUCGAAUUCUUCGAGCAAUCUAUGCAUUUGCACAGAUCCGGCUCACUCGAACAAAUGGCUAGAGCUCGAACGAGUAAUUGCAAACUUAAUUUCUGGUAAUUGUUCAUGGAUUUGUUGGACAACAAAGUCAGCAAUGGAUGGAAUCAUAUUGUAUUAGGGAAUUUGGAGCAGCAUUUACGAUUGGACAAUUCAUAUCUAUUACAAUUGUUAUCAGCUGCAGUCUCAGGAAUCUAUAUACUUGGCUAUUCUUGUACAUUAUCUAUUUUGUCAAUUUCAUUUUUUUGAUAAUUUAGGUGGUCUAGGCGUGUUGUAACUGAGAUUUGAAUCAUGCGUACUUGGAGUUGGGAAUCUACUGAAUGCUUUUUCCGUUGUAUUUUGUCAA